CGACGACGAGGAAGCCGCGACCGAUCCCGGAGGCGUGAUCCGGCUGACCGUGCAGCCGCCCUGCGUCAAGGGCGGGGUGAUGCGCGACUACCAGCUCGAGGGCCUCAACUGGAUGAUCUCGCUGCAUGCGCGCGGGCUGAACGGCAUCCUGGCGGACGAGAUGGGGCUCGGCAAGACGCUGCAGUCCAUCUCGCUGCUCGGGUACCUGUCGAUCGUCGAGCGCGAGCCGGCCCCUCACCUCGUGGUUGUGCCACUCACCGUGCUCGGCAACUGGUGCAAGGAGAUCGAGCGGUGGUGCCCUGGCCUGCGCGCCGUCCGACUGCACGGCAACAAGGACGAGCGGCGCUCCAUCAUCGAGACACAGGUCGCGGCGGGCAACUUCCACGUGCUCGUCACCACGUACGAGUGCGUCGCGUCCGAGGCCACCGCGCUGCGCAAGCUGCGCUGGCGCUUCCUCGUGGUUGACGAGGCGCACCGGCUCAAGAACGAGGAGUCGAAGCUGUCGGUCAUCCUCCGCUCGAUCAAAGUCACGAACCGGCUGCUGCUCACCGGCACGCCCAUCCAAAACAACCUGCACGAGCUGUGGGCGCUGCUCAACUUCCUCUUCCCUGACAUCUUCAACACGUCGGAGCCCUUUGACCGCUCGUUCGACUCCAAGGCGGGACACGUGUCCGUCUCGUCUCUCGACCGGCUGCAGCGGCUCCUGCAGG